AUGGAAUCUUUUCUUUCCUUUCCGCCAGAGAUUCAAACACACGUGCUAUGCUUCUUAUCACAGCGCGAGCUUACCUUUCUUUUCGACCUUGAGUGCCUCUUCAAGAGCCUGUCAGUUCAAAAACUAACAAGAACAAACUUUACUGGGAAUGAACUAGGAUCAUUGGAGCAGCAAGCAUUGUUUGCUAUGUUUCACCGAAAGCCAUUACUCUUGAGCAAUGAAUUUGCCAGCAAGUCCAUGCCCUUGUGUCAUUUGAGAGCUCUUAUUGAUUUGGGUGUACACAUUACACCGUCUGAGGUCAACAUUCAUGUUCACGACUUCACGGAUUAUGAUGGAUCGUUUUCCAUUUGGGAUUGCUUUUCGCCAUCUUUGUUUCAAUUCUUGCUGCGCCUUUCAUCUAACAUCAAUGUUGAGCUAGUAGUUUGGGAAGAUAUUCCUCUUGAUCCAGACAUCAUGAGGGCCUGGUUUAAACCACUCAUUGAGCACGGAAUAGCACUUUCCAGUUGUAAAAUCAGGCAUCUGUCAGUAUUUGGCUUGGCGUCUCCGAGACCGACUGAGGUUUCUAGUGAGCAUAGAAUUGUCAAGGACAUUGGCACAAUCAAGCCUAUGAGCCUAUACCUUAAUUUCUUGGGCCCCUUCGAGGCAUUUCGCUCUUUGGCAUCUACGGGUCUGUGUAUCAGUUUAGACAAUAUCCGAUGUCUUGACUUGUCUUACAAUCAACUUUCGGAUAUGGAGUUCCGAUCACUAAGACUCCCGGGAAGCUUGGAGGAGCUCAAUUUGUCUAACAAUUCAAUGAGUGUGUUUGAUAGCGAGAGUUUUCCUUUCGAAGAAUUGCCCUUGUUGAAAAGUCUCGACCUUUCAAAUAACAACAUAAUGCGCCUAGACAUUUGCCAACCGAGAGCAGAUGUGAGCUCCUCGGUAAAAAGACUCAACCUUUCAGGAAACUUCUUGUGCAAAUACUCACAGCUCUUCUCAGGUCACAUUUUUGCCAAUCUUGAAGAGCUAGACUUAUCCCACAAUCUUAUCAGUCAGGUAUCGACGUUUUCGAUGUCAAUGAAAAGUGUUAAUCUCGCAGGAAAUUAUAUCACCACACAACCGGGUGCUUACGCCUUAUAUUUUCCCAAAAGCCUCGAAAUAUUAGGGAUUGACCAGCUUCUAGUGAGAGACUUGCACGAAGCAAAUGGAAUGAAUAAUGCAGCCCAUAAGUUAUGA